GCUGUUUGUGUCGUAUCUCUGAACCUGACUCCUGACAAUAACAGCGUCUGGACCUGAUCGGAUCUUGAGCACAGCUAUGUGCAGCUGUGUGCGGAGCUCCAGGGCUCUGUCCCCUGCCCUGCUCCCCAGGCUGCUGCUGCCCCAGCCCGGCUACAGGUUGUCCGGCAGGGCCCUCUGGACCUCACCGCACUGCCUGGCCGUCAAUGGAGACUCCCAGCUGCUGCCUCUGCCCAGCCAGGCCCGGGUGGUGAUCUGUGGAGGAGGCAUAGUGGGGACCUCGGUAGCUUACCACCUGGCCAAACUGGGCUGGACUGACAUUGUGCUCCUGGAGCAGGGCAGACUUGGUGCAGGAACCACCAGACUGUGUGCUGGCAUCGUCAGUGUGGCCAAGCCUAUUUCCAUAGAGGUUCAAAUGGCCAACUACUCCAACAGCCUUUACCAGCAGCUGGAGGGGGACACUGGGAUCAAAACAGGUUAUGUGAAGACGGGGUCUUUGUGUUUGGCUCAAAAUCAGGAUCGUUUCAUCUCUCUGAAGCGCCUGGCAUCCCGACUAAAGGUAAUGGGGAUCAGCUGUAACAUCAUUAAACCUAAGGAAGUGGCCAAACUCCACCCUCUUGUUAAUAUUCAUGACCUGGUAGGAGCGCUCUACCUCCCUGAAGAUGCUGUGGUGUCUCCACCUGAAGUUAACCAUGCCUUGGCUACGGCUGCUGCUGGACAAGGGGUUCAAAUCCUGGAGCGGACCACUGUUCAGCAGGUUCUGGUGGAGAAGGGUCAUGUGAUGGCAGUGGAGACUGACCGGGGCUCAAUUGAGUGUGAAUACUUCGUCAACUGUGCUGGACAGUGGGCUUACGAGCUUGGCCAGGCAAGUGAGACGAAGGUUUCGGUUCCUCUUCAUGGCUGUGAACACUUCUACCUUCUCACAAAACCUCUCCAGGAGCCACUUCCCCCCGGCACCCCAGUGGUGAUCGAUAUGGACGGCAGGAUAUAUGCACGGCCGUGGCAGGGUGGUCUCCUGUCGGGGGGCUUUGAGAAGAAUCCCAAACCCAUUUUCACAGAGGGUCGCAACCAGCUGGAGAUCCAGAACAUGCAGGAGGACUGGGACCACUUUGAGCCAAUGCUCACAUCUCUGAUGAGGAGGAUGCCUGGUCUGGAGACCGCUGAGAUCCAUCAGCUGGUCAACUGUCCGGAGUCCUUCACGCCUGAUAUGCGCUGCCUGAUGGGGGAGAUCCCGGGCCUCUCUGGAUACUACGUGCUGGCAGGGAUGAACUCCUCCGGUUUGUCUUUCGCUGGAGGAGCUGGCAAGUACCUGGCAGAGUGGAUGACCUACGGCUACCCCACCGCCAACGUGUGGCCACUGGACAUCAAACGCUUUGGUAACUUGCAGAGCAGCCGAACCUUCCUGAGACACAGAGUAAUGGAAGUCAUGCCUCUGCUGUAUGAACUGAAGGUUCCUCGCUGGGACUUUCAGACUGGCCGUCAGCUAAGGACCAGUCCUCUGUAUGACCGCCUGGACACUCAGGGAGCACGCUGGAUGGAGAAACAUGGCUUUGAGAGGCCCAAAUACUUUGUUCCUCAUGGGAAAGAUUUGCUCUCUCUGGACCAGAGUAAGACCUUCUACAAACCAGACUGGUUUGACAUUGUUGGAGCAGAAGUGAAAUGCUGCAAAGAGGCCGUGUGUGUCAUUGACAUGUCCUCCUUCACCAAGUUUGAACUGACUGCAACAGGAGACCAGGCUAUGGAGCUGCUGCAGCAUCUGUGUGCCAACGACCUGGAUGUCCCUGUUGGACACAUCGUCCACACCGGCAUGUUGAACGAGAAGGGAGGUUACGAGAACGACUGCAGCGUUGUCCGCCUGAGCAAGAACAGCUUUUUCAUCGUUUCUCCGACCGACCAGCAGGUCCACUGUUGGUCCUGGAUGAAGAAACACAUGCCUGAUGAACCACAGCUCCACCUAGAGGAUGUCAGCUGGAAGUACACAGCUUUAAAUCUGAUUGGACCUCGUGCAAUGGAUGUUUUGGCUGAGCUGUCAUAUGUUUCAAUGACACCUGACCACUUCCCCUCCAUGUUCUGUAAGGAGAUGAGUGUGGGCUACGCCAACGGGAUCAGAGUGAUGAGUAUGACUCACACUGGAGAGCCCGGCUUCAUGCUCUACAUCCCCAUAGAGUACGCCCUGCAUGUGUACAACGAGUUGAUGUCAGUGGGUCACAAGUACGGGAUUCGUAACGCAGGGUACUACGCGCUGCGCAGCCUCCGCAUAGAGAAGUUCUUUGCCUUCUGGGGUCAGGACCUGGACGCCUUCACCACCCCGCUGGAGUGUGGACGAGAGUUCAGGGUUAAGUUUGACACGGACAAAGACUUCCUUGGCCGUGAAGCGUUGCUGCAGCAGCGUCAGGACGGUGUGUUCCGGCGGUUUGUCAUGCUGGUUCUCGACGAUCAUGACACUGAGCUAGACCUGUGGCCGUGGUGGGGGGAGCCCAUCUACCGUAACGGCCAGCUGGCCGGGUCAACCACCAGCAGCGCCUAUAGCUACACCCUGGAGCGCCACGUCUGCCUUGGCUUUGUAUCUCCGCCACCAGGCCGAGAGGGGCUCCCCACACCCAUCACCCCGGACUUCAUCAACCGUGGAGACUACGAGGUGGACAUUGCUGGCCAGCGCUACCCAGCCAAAGCCAAACUCUACCCCUUCAGCUCCCUGUUCACUCAACAAAAACGCCGCAAGGAAGACAUUGAGCUCAGCAACCUCCAGGGGAAGUGAUGCAGAGAAACAGAAAAUCCUCUGAUACUCCUUCAGCUCACCAAAUCCACUCCUGCACUUAACUCACAGUGCCAACCUAUCUUCCCUUCUCUGGCUCCCGCUCAGAGGGCUGAUUGCACAAUCACUCCUGGUCCCUUUAAUGUUUAACUUCUACGUUGCAUCUCCCUCUUUCAAAGUGCAAUAUUUAACAUGAGCCAAGUGCUUGAGCUCCUGUGUCAUGUAAGUCUGUUUUCAGUCCUUUCCUCCUUAACAAUCCAACACAGUCCACACAGUCUCAGAGCCUCCUUCACUGGGACAACCUGCAGUUAAAGUGCCUUUGUCAAGGCAACACCAACACUAGCUCGUGAGAACUUUGUUCACUUUGUUUACUUUAACUCGUCCAGAAUGUAAUUUUCAUUUGACCGACCAUCUACUCCAGUGGUGUUUCUGUCAUUGUUACGAGUCUGAAAGAAAUUCAGAGCUGAUGUGUGUGUGUGUAGAUGUUGACUCUGUUCCUCAAAUUGAAACGUUUGCUGCUUUAAAGAAUGCGAGUGAUGUGACGUGUCUUACAACAGGAAAAUAUCCUCCCCAGUCAGGGGGAAAAGGCCUGAUAUUAUCAUUAUGAAACCAUUGCUUUGUGUGCCGCCCAUUACUGCCACUUGCACUCCUGAUGAAAACGCUUCCUAAAAGCCUCAACCCAUUUUCUUUAACCCUAUUAACCAUCAACUUUUCUGGGGGUUAUUUUGCUGUGAGGUUCGCGGUAAUAUAAUCCAACCUGUUAUUUAUGUUCUGUGCUUGUUUCGAAUCAGCGUUGCUCCUCUGAUGCUGAUGUUUUGUCGUAUUGAUGCUGUUGAAUGCGUGGCAGAUAUAAGGUGAAACCAGGCUGGGAGAGCUGCAAGCGGAGCUGUAAUCCCAGACCUGUUGACUGGAGUCCACGUUUUCUUACAUUGGCAAUUUGAGUUUUGCCUGAUUCAGAGUGUAGACAUUUAUGUAAAGGAAGGACUCCAUUUAAGAUAAAGCAAAGUAUUUUUGUAUAGCAAGUAUGUAUAAAAUCUCUAUUUUCUGUACUGCACAUUUUUUCUAUGUCAGUUUUAAGUUAUAUCGGCCGUAUGAAUUGUCAGUUUGAGCAGUUUCGUCCUUGCAGUCGUCCUUCAGAUCAUGGAUUAAUUCAAAUGCUUUCCAGAAUAUUCCCAACAUGCAGCCGCAGCUCGAGGUUUUCCAACCUGUGUGUUUGAAUACAGAACAUCUACAAUAUAAAUUGGUGUGGGGGAGCCACAUACUCUGCCUGAGUGCCCUGACUUGAGGAGGGUGGAUGGUAGAAUUAAAGGCAAAGUCUGUGAUCCAGACGUAAAGUAAACACCACCCACCUCUCUCCGGCUGACUGACAGAACACACAUACAUUUAAGCUGAGAGCAACAGCUAAAUAAAUGUUCAUGGUUAUUGAUUUUGUUUAAGGCUGUUGCUUAUUUUUCUAUUUACGGUUUCUCCAACUUUAUUGUUACAAUCAUGAAUUGAUUUGCUCCGAUUUAUUACGAGAUUUAUUUAUUUUCUUUCCCUGAAAAUCCUCUUAAACUCGAGCAGCAGUAGCAGCAGCCCCGUCUGAAGCACUUUCACCUCUGAGAGUAGAUUGCAGCCACUUUAAGUUUGGAUGUUCCAGAAAGCAGCUGCAGUGUUGACAAAACGAGAAUAUGGACGGCCUCAUUAAAUCUUCAUUGACGUGAGUGUGACUCUGUUUUCGAACCACCUCAGGCUUUUCCUCUGCAAACGGAUGUAAGCACGAAUGAAGGACAUGUUCGGUGUGGUUGGCGAGCUGUUUGGCAGCAGAGGCGUCUCAGCAGCGGGACGAUAAAGGGCCGCUGUGUGCACUAUACAACAUGGCUGAGAAAGUGCACAAGAUGUGUGUCUUGUGUCGUGUUUCUGUUCAUCUCCAGCUGCAAUAGGGAGUCGGUUCAUUGCUUAUAAAGGGCUAAUUUUGUUUGUGUGUGCACUUAAUAUUAAAUGAAUCGUUUGCAUGCGAGAGUCUGGUGGAUUAUAAGGAGUCUUUAUGUCAGUGUGUUCACUAUGAGGCUUCAACCCUGACCUCUGCUCUGUAGAACCAACAUCUCCCUACAGCAGAGAUGCUCCGCUUUGUCUCUUUGACACUAAAUGGCCACAUUGGACUUGAACUGUUGUCCGAUGUUGAAAUGUAACAUUUCCAAAUGUUCUGUUCAGCCAAUGUACAAGGCUCCAUAAUCACAUUUCAACCAAUAGAGCUUCUGAUUAACACUCUAACCAUGGCUGUGAUAUUCUCAUCACACACAUCUACCAGGUUUUACAUAAGAACGUACGUCCAGAAGAUUGUUACGCUAAGGGAAGUCUGUCGUGAUGAUGACUCAUCUGUCACAUACACAUACUCAACACCAGGGGCAGUGGUUUCUCUUAUCAUCUGUCAUACUGGACUGAUCUGUAAAUGACAGCUUUCCCCCCAAAGCUUUAUUCUGUUGUGUUCAUAUAUUAAACUGAUGCUUGACUGUCUCAUGUUAAAUAUAGAGAAAUUAUUCAUACCAGAA